UUGACAUGACGUCAUGAGGGCCAACCCGAACGUUUGAAUUCAUUAUCAUAAAUUAAAAAUGGCGGGGCUGAGGAGUUGCUGUCUGCGGACCGCUGCAGGCAAAACGAACGACGCUUUUUUACCGUUUAGCUAGCUUUGAUGUGGGAAUUUUUAGCUCAGAAGUAGCGGAGAUGGAGAGGGGGGAGGGCCUGCCGACGUCUGUCGAGGGGUUACGGGUCGAGGUGCUCCGGCUGCGGCAGGAGUUGGAGCAGACGAGUCAGGAGAAAAUCCAAGCGGCGGAGUACGGACUGCAAGUGCUGGAGGAGAAACAGCUCAUCCUCCAGCAGUAUGAGGAACUGGAGGCGCUGUUCGAGGUCACCAACAGGGAGCUGGAUCUCGCCAAAGAGACUCUGGGAAAGGUGCACCAGACCCACAAGAAGGUGUCCCAGGAUGGGGAGGAUCGGGAGGAGACUCUGCUGAAGGAAACAGCCACCAGGGAGGCUGACCUCAUCACCAGGAUAGCUGACCUGGAGGAGGACCUCAAACAUGCCAAACAGGUCCUGAGUAACGUUCAGUCGGAGAACGAGCGACUGGGAGGGCUGAACCAUGAGUACUGCCAGGCCAUCGAGACGCUGGAGAAGCAGAGGAAAGGUCUGCGUGACGAGAUCAAGGAGUACAAGUUCCGGGAGGCGCGGCUCAUGCAGGACUACGGGGAGCUGGAGGACGAAAACAUCUCACUACAGAAACAGGUGUCGUUGCUGAAGUCCUCGCAGGUUGAGUAUGAGGCGCUGAAACACGAGAACAAGCGGCUGAUGGAGGAGACGGAGCUGCUCAACAGCCAGAUGGAGGAGGCCAUGAAGCUGAAGCAGAUCGCAGAGAAGCAGCUUGAAGAAGCCCUGACCACCCUGAAGGAGGAGCGGGAGCAGAAGCUGAGCCUGCGACGCGAGCUCAACUCCCUCAUGAGCAUCGACUCCUUCUCCAGCUGGAGUCACGACACUCUCGGUGCCCUCAAUCUCACCUACGACAACGACAAGGCCGCUGCCGCCGCCGCUGCGGGCAGCCGGGACAGCGGCCACGAGGAGACCAACGGUGCCAAGCCAGGGCCGAGCCUCGUCUCCGACCUCCUCAGCGAACUUCACAUGUCGGAAAUCCAGAAGCUGAAGCAGCAGUUGAAGCAGGUUGAGAUGGAGAAGGCGGCCCUGAUGAAGACUUUGCAGGAGUCUCAGCAGAAACUGUCCGAGCAGGACUUAAAGAUGUCUGAGAUGACUGCGGAGAUCGAAGGCACCAAGAAGAAGGUUGACCACGAGAGCAAAGAAAUGUUGCAGGCGAAAUUGAGGACCCUAGAGUCGGAGCUGAAGAUGUUUCAGGAGAGUCAGGAAGACGAAGACAGGAGAAACAAGUCCAGGUUCAGCGAGAUGCAAGCUCAGAUGUCUGCUCUGAACAAGAGGAACAUUGAAGCAAGACAGGAGUGGGGUUUGAGGCAGUCCGCAUCCGUCAUUCAUGGGUUGGAGGCUCAAGUCUCUCAACUCCACAGACAAUUGCUUGACAGAUUACAGACCAUCCGACAGUUGGAGGACAGGCUGUGUUCGACGAGCGAGCUGGCGAACGAGGGCCAGAGCAGCAUCAACAUGACGCAGGAUGAGCUGGUGACGGUGAGCGAGGAGCUCGCCCAGCUGUACCACCACAUCUGCAUGGUGAACGGUGAGACGCCCAGCAGGAUCAUGCUGGAUCACAUGAGGACUGCCAAGGGUGCCAGAAGGAACAGUAUGAAGAAGGACAGGAAAAGUCACGGUCACAGGUUGAGAGCGGGGUCGAUGCCCAUCCUCUCAUCCCGUAACGGUCACGGCAGGCAGACCAGCCCCACGCUGGCCCGCAGGAACAGCAUGGCAGAGAUCCGGCCUUCCAGCCUCAGCACACCCGACGCAGCGCAACACAGAAAAGGCACAGACUCCCCUCCGUCCAGCCCCGAGAGCCCCACCUCCGAAACAGGACCCGCUGAAGGGGCCGCCGCACAGAAUGGGGAGGUCAAGGGAGACCCCACCACAUGCUACAACUUGCUGCAAACCGUCAGGGACCAGAUUAGGCACCUCAAGCGUGCAAUUGACCACAUGGUAGAGGUUGCGCGCCAGCGGUCGCCAGUGGAUUCCUCGGAUGCGAUGGACAAGGCCGAGCUGCAGGAACAAGUGCUGAAGCUGAAAUCCCUCCUCAGCGCGAAACGCGAACAGAUUGCCACGCUACGCACGGUGCUGAAGGCCAACAAACAGACUGCUGAGGUGGCGCUAGCCAACCUCAAGAGCAAAUACGAGUCAGAGAAGUCCAUGGUCCACGAGACCAUGAUGAAGCUUCGUCAGGAACUCAAGGCCCUCAAGGAAGAUGCGGCCACUUUCUCUUCCUUGCGAGCAAUGUUUGCGAGUCGCUGUGACGAGUACGUGAGCCAGCUGGACGAGAUGCAGAGGCAGCUGGCGGCGGCAGAGGACGAGAAGAAGACACUCAACUCCCUCCUUCGCAUGGCCAUACAGCAGAAACUGGCGCUGACGCAGAGACUGGAGGACCUGGAGUUCGACAGGGAGCAGAGCAAUCGCGUCAAGAGGUCCAGUUCCAUGCGGAUGUCGUCACGAUACGGUGGCACCACUACCAAAAGCCACCGCAGGGAGUCCGAGCCCCGCGCCAGGCGCCACAGAGACAAAACCUGAAGCACAAGCCCCAUGCUGCAUAUAUAGGAGAACUCUCUCUCUCUAGCGCUACUGUGCCAAAGCUAGGGGAGGAGGCCUGACCCACCAGGAGGAACAAAUAGAAAGGAGUUAGCGGCAGUGUUGCACAUUGACAUGUGUUCUCAGUACUGCUAGAUGUUAGCACCAUGUUACCUGUCACAGCAUCAGGGUACAUACAGAUUGAGGACACAGCCAUGACUGUGCACUGUGCAACACAACAAAAUGAAGAAUUUCUGGUAUUCAGAAAUCAGUGUAUCAAUGAUGACAAAAGUGUUCUUGGAUACCCCGAAGAAGGAAGAAGUUUCUACAAACUUACAACAGCAAGCUCCUUGAAGUAAAACCUUUAGCUAGCUUGUGGUAUUGUCAUCACUAUAGGUGCAAUCAAAGUAACUCUGUUAUAUGACCUGCUUGAUCAGCAUCAUGUACUAACACAGUGCUCCCUUAGUGUGUGGUGGAAAGAAUUCCUAUUCCCGUACAUGUUUGCCAUACAAAUACUUGAUGUAUAUUGUAACUUCUGAUGCCAUAUUGCCAAGUAUUUCACUGUGAACACUGCAUGUUUUGAUGAGGAUUCAAAACAUAUACCUUAGCUGCUAGAAUGGCCCUCAAUUUGAGGUGAUUAAUAUGCAUGUUGUGCAUCUAUGCAAGAUGGUGGAUUCAAGUCAUUCCCAAUGAAGCAUAACAAUGUAAUGUGCAAUUUUGGUUCGCAACUUUUUUAUGCAAUUUGUUUUUACUCAAUUUAAAGUCUUCUCUAAGUUCAGCAACAUUCUACAGUCAUUUCUUCCCUUCAGUUCUUCUCACUACAUUUGGACAAAGCUGUCUUUGCAUUCCUUUGGUACUACAUUAUUCCAUUUUGCAGGUAUAUCGGCUCUUGUUUAACUGUGGUUUCUUUCUAUGAUUUUCUUCUUUUCCACAGUGUUAGAAGUCAUGCAUGUCUGCAGCCAUCUUUGCAUGUGCAUGGGCCCAGUGGAUCCAUCCACCUGCUGGUCUCCCCCUCAUCUAUGAUGGUUUCUUCCGAGUGGGAGGGGGGCAAGGGAAAGUACUAAAGCAUUGAAUACAUGUAUCUUGACUCUAACUAACAUUUUGGUGGUAUUGUAUUACUGUAUAAACUCUUAACCAUAAUAGUGAGUUUGUUCAUGUAUCGUAACAUACUAAUGGACAGUCUGAGUAGGCUUUAGAAUAAGUCAUAUUCACAUUCCAGUGUAAGUAUGUGAUAGUGUGAAAGACACAUGUAUGGACAGCAUGUUUUUGAGAGCGUGCUUGUAUAUUACCUUUUAUUGUAUGGCUAGUUUGGCUAGGUAAUGGUUAAUGAUACUGAAAUGUAUUGUAACUUUUGUGUAUCUGAUCAAUCUAGUAAAACAGCUUGCACUAUUCGAGCCGAACAAAUCUGGAUCCCACCAAUUAACUUGUAAAUGAAUUGAUUAUUUUCUUUCAAAGCUUGUAUUCUUAUUUUUACACAUACGUUUAUAUAUAUUCACGGCAAUCUAUGUUUUGUAUUAUUUUUAACGAAAUUAGCAAUUUACAUUAUUCAAUAUAUGCAUUGCUUACAAUAUCGAAAUGUCCAUUGAUGAGCCAAUAUUUAUUUAUGUAAAGUACAACACUUCUUGCAAAAAUUAUGCAGUAAUAUGUUGCAGUUAUUUAUUGUUCAUACUACAGCAACUAUGUAACAUGCUAGUCUCCUAUGAAUGUUUAUUCUGCUUUGAAUACUGCUGACACUGACAGAAGAGUGAGCACAUGCUUAUUCUUCAUGAUAAGCAGUUACAAGAGCUUAAAAGCUUAGGGUUAUGUAUUGGUCUGUCCAUUUGGUAGAGACGGCAUUCUUUGUGCUGUGUGUAUUAUAUCUAGAUCUUCCAUGUUACAUCGUAUAACAAAGUACAGUACAAGGCGCAUUGGUAAUGUGUACCAGUCUCUAUUAUUUUGGGUAUCUUUUAGUGGAAAAAAUUGAUAUAAGAUGCAAUUCAGUGAAUAGGGUAUUACUGUAUCUGAUAUUUACCAGUGUAGCAUGCAUGGUAGACUGCAUGCCAGUAUAUUUUAUGUAGACUAUGUCCAUCAUUGCACAGUGUUGCCACAGAAGACACUGGUAAUGAUGGUGUUUACAGAAGACAAAGAUGUUGUGAAGGGGUAACGAGUGAUAUAACCUGUCAUGGUUAUCAGGGUAGGCAAUAGUCUGUAUGAAAUGUCUUUAGUAAUAGUAAGGAUACAGUAUUGCGAGUGGUGGUGUAUUGCCAGACUGGUGAUUAUGAAUGUA